AUGGGUGGAGCGACGGCGUUUACGAAAACAAAAGCAGUAGUGAAACCGGUGGCUCGCUCGCUGGUCUUUUGGUAUAAUCUGUUGCGCAGUGGUGAUGGCGACAUGCGAUCGCGUCAUGGAGCCUGUCCAGUGCUGGUGGGCUGCAAGUGGGUAAUGAACAAAUGGAUUCGCGCCGCUGGACAGGAAUUCUCCCGGCCCUGCUUGCUCCAACGAGAGCCCUUCAAUCCCCAGGACGAGUAUAAUGAUUCCUAA